CCCCUCGAGGCUUCUGCAGCUGCUGCAUCUCACCAGGAGACUUCUGGGGCAAAGGUUGUUUGACAGACUGAUGAAGAUGACCUUCUAUGGGCAGUUCGUGGCCGGCGAGGACCAGGAGUCCAUCCGGCCCCUGAUCCAGCACAACAGGGCCUUCGGCGUGGGCUCCAUCCUGGACUACAGCGUGGAGGAGGACCUCACCCCCGAGGAGGCUGAGCGCAAGGAGAUGGAGUCUUGUACCUCGGCGGUGGAGAGGGACAGCUGUGGCACCAGUAAGAGGGAGAAGCAGUUCCAGGCCCACCGGGCAUUUGGAGACCGCCGGGACGGUGUCGUCAGCGCCCGCACCUACUUCUACGCCAGUGAGGCCAAGUGUGACAGCCACAUGGAGACGUUCCUGCGCUGCAUCGAGGCUUCAGGUGGCGCCAGCGAGGACGGCUUCUCAGCCAUCAAGCUCAGUGCACUGGGGAGACCCCAGUUUCUGCUGCAGUUCUCAGAUGUGCUGGCCAAGUGGAGACGGUUCUUCCACCAAAUGGCUGCAGAGCAGGGCAAGGCUGGGCUGGCUGCCGUGGACACGAAGCUGGAGGUGGCUGCGCUGCAGGAAAGCGUGGUGAAGAUGGGCAUCGCGUCCAGGACAGAGAUUGAGAACUGGUUCACUGCAGAGACCCUGGGCGUGUCCGGCACCCUGGACCUGCUGGACUGGGACAGCCUCAUCGACAGCAAGACUGAGCUCUCCAAGCACCUUGUGGUCCCUAACAUGCAGACGGGACAGCUGGAGCCCUUGCUGUCACGGUUCACCAAGGAGGAAGAGCUGCAGAUGACAAGGAUGCUGCAGAGGAUGGACGUCCUGGCCAAGAAAGCCAGCGAGGCAGGUGUGCGGCUGAUGGUGGAUGCUGAGCAGACCUACUUCCAGCCGGCCAUCAGCCGCCUGACGCUGGAGAUGCAGCGCAGGUUCAACGUGGAGAAGCCGCUCAUCUUCAACACGUACCAGUGCUACCUCAAGGAAGCCUAUGACAAUGUCACCCUGGACGUGGAGCUGGCUCGCCGAGAGGGCUGGUGUUUUGGGGCCAAGCUUGUGCGUGGCGCCUACAUGGCCCAGGAACGUGCCCGUGCCCUGGAGAUUGGCUACGAGGACCCCAUCAACCCCACAUACGAGGCCACCAACACCAUGUACCACAGGUGCCUUAACUACGUCCUGGAGGAGCUGAAGCACGCCAGGGCUGCAGUGAUGGUGGCCUCCCACAACGAGGACACGGUGCGCUUCACGCUGCGCAGGAUGGAGGAGCUGGGCCUGCACCCUGCCGACCGCCAGGUGUACUUUGGUCAGCUUCUGGGCAUGUGCGACCAGAUCAGCUUCCCGCUGGGCCAGGCGGGCUUCCCCGUGUACAAGUACGUGCCCUACGGUCCCGUGAUGGAGGUGCUGCCCUACCUGUCCCGCCGAGCCCUGGAGAACAGCGGGGUCAUGAAGGGCGCCCAGCGGGAGCGGCAGCUGCUGUGGCAGGAGCUCAAGCGGAGGCUCCGCACGGGCAGCCUCUGCCACCGCCCGGCCUAGCACCGCAGCCCCCACCUCCAGAUGCUGCCUCACCUGGGCUGCGACUCAGGGGCCCUCAGGGCAGGGGUCUGGGGUGUCUGGGUGGCCCCCAGGCGGACACCAACACUACAGCUACACCGCCAACCCCAACCUCUCACGGAUUUACCUUUCACAUCCCGAAUGGUGAGACCCCGCUGGCCCUGCCCAGGAUGUGGGCACUCAGGUGUGGGCUGAGCCCCAUACCUGCAAGAGCCACUGGGAACUGUCAGGACCUGCCCUUCAGUGAGUGAGCAUGGCUGCGACUCUGCCCACCCCCAGACCUUGGACCAGGAGAACCGCCUUCUGCAGGGUCCAACCCACUCGCGCCGAGCCCCACCGUUGGGCAGUGGCCAGGCUGGAGGAACUGGCCUGUCAAUAAACCACUGUGUUUGCAGCUGAGA